GGUUUCUGGCCCGGAGGGGGCCGGGCCGCGCCGCGCCGCGGCGGCCGCUCGAUGUUUCGGCGCUCGGCAGGAGGCCGCGCAGCGCGGGGCAGCCAUGGCCCUGAGCGGGGUGCGGGUGCUGGAGCUAGCGGGCCUGGCGCCCUCCCCGCUCUGCGGCAUGAUCCUGGCCGACUUCGGGGCGCAGGUGGUGCGGGUGGAUCGCUCCCCCCGCUCGGCCAUGAACACCGACGUGCAGGGCCGGGGCAAGCGCUCCCUGGCGCUCGACCUGAAGCAGGGCCCCGGGGCGGCGGCGCUGAGGAGGCUCUGCCUGCGGGCGGACGUGCUCGUGGAGCCCUUCCGCCACGGUGUCAUGGAAAAACUUGGUCUUGGUCCAAAGGUCCUUCUACAGGAAAAUCCAAAACUUAUCUAUGCUAGACUUACUGGAUUUGGCCAGUCAGGAAGAUAUGCAAAGUCUGCAGGUCAUGACAUCAAUUAUUUGGCUUUGUCAGGUGUGCUGUCAAAACUUGGUAGAAAAGAUGAAAAUCCAUAUGCACCAGUAAAUCUUCUGGCUGAUUUUGCUGGUGGAGGUGUCAUGUGUGCAAUGGGUAUAAUUAUGGCCCUCUAUGAACGUACAAAAUCUGGCAAAGGGCAGGUCGUUGAUGCAAGUAUGGUAGAAGGAGCAGCAUAUCUAAGUUCUUUCCUGUGGAAAUCACAAAAUUUAGGCCUUUGGAAUAGACUUCGGGGGGAGAACUUGCUGGACAGCGGAGCACCUUUUUAUGAGACCUACAAGACCCUAGAUGGGAAAUUCAUGGCAGUUGGUGCCAUUGAGCCCCAAUUCUAUGAGCAGCUAGUAAAGGGACUGGGGUUAGAUUUAGAUAAACUUCCCAGUCAGCUGAGUUUCUCUGACUGGCCUGAAAUGAAGAAAAUGUUUGCAGCUUUAUUUUCCAAGAAGACACAGGCAGAAUGGUGCAGGAUCUUUGAUGGCACAGAUGCCUGUGUGACGCCUGUUUUAUCUUUGGAUGAAGUUGCCUUACACCAGCAUAACAAAGAGCGUGGUUCUUUUAUCAAGAAUGAUCAGGAAGAGAUAAGUCCUAGACCAUCUCCUCUUCUUUCAAGGACUCCAGCUACUCCAUCUCCCAGAAGGGAUCCUUUUAUAGGAGAACACACAGAAGAGAUACUUCUAGAAUUUGGCUUUACCAAGGAAGAGAUUGCUAAACUUCACUCUGAAAAAGUAAUUGAAUUCAAUAAGCCAAAAGCAAAUUUAUAAUAUCUAGCUAUGCAAAUCAGAAAAGUUUCAGACUGUCCCCAUAUGAUUUUAUGCAUUAAAGUUGGAAUUACAUGAAGAAAUGUUAAUGUAGCACCACUUUUUCAGGGCCGGGGGUAGAGGGGUAGGGUGUCACUGUUAAAUUAAUGCAUUAAUUGAGGACUAAAUGUACAAACUGUAUUCCUAAUUGGAUUAGAAUGCCUACCGAAUGUUACCUUUGAAAUUUUGUCCUGGGGGUGUUUGUUUUGAAAAGAUCUGCAAUAUUUGCUUGUUAUAAUGGUUUACGUAAUUUUUAAUGUUUCCUUCAAUAAGUGUAUUAUAGGAAAUGUGUGGUUGUUUUAAUCCUUGUGUUUUUAAUAUAUGUUAUAAUUAGCUGAAGGCAAUGAUUUUUAUAAAAUACUGUUAUACUUCAUAAAGAGAUUGCUGUGUUGUUCAUUUAUAAAUUUGAGAGAGAGCUCUUUUGCCUGUAUUUUCACAGUAUUGAUAUAAAAUUAAUUUGCAUUCUCCUCUCAGAAUAUACAUUAAAAUACCAUUAUUUUGGCAUGAUCUGCUUAUAGUGGUAUAUGACAGAGCAACUGUAUUUAAAGCCUGGCUACCUUUCUAUCGUACUGUUAGUCCCAUGACUGUAUUACAUUUGGAGUCUUAAUUUGUCUGGAAAAAUUGCCCUGGGUUGAAAAUUGAUAUAUUAAAGUGUCUGCCAAUAAGCAACCCUUUCCCCCUAUUCUGAAAAAAAUGGAAAAUAGGUGUAACCAUAUGAGUAAUAAACAAUAAGUUACCGCAUAUAGACCAUAGUCUCUUUCAAAGUUAAAGUGGCCAUUUGAAACCUUCUGACACUUGAAACAUUCUGGCAUGUCUUAUUCUAAGUACAGUAUAAAUAAAGCAAAUAGGUACAACAAUAGUUAUUGCAUAGAUGCCACAACCUCUCUUAAAUUGGUAACUUUAUGCAUUUUUUCCAAAAGCAGUUAGGUCACAUGAUGCACUGAUUGUCUGACUUUAAAAAGCUAACCAAAAAACACAAUUCAAAACCAUUUGCAUUCUAGGAGCAGAUACAUUGUUUCAAUGCCUCUGCACCUAGAAUGCAAAUGGUUUUGAACCUUUAUUUGUUUUAAAGCCAGACAGCGCAUCAUGUGGUCUAGUUGCUUUAACUUUAAAAAAGACUAUGGUAUCUAUGAGGAAUUAUUGUCGUAACUAUUUUCUUUAUUUAUACUUGGAAUAGGACACAUCAGAAUGUUUUAGUGAAAGCAAUUAAGGUCUCACUGAGAGUGUUUGCUCUUUUAGGAUUAUAUUCAGUAUUUACUAAAACUGAGGUAUACUGUAACUCAUCUGGCCUCUGUGUAGUCAAUAUUACUGCUGUGAAAUUUUUUUUUCUUAUGGUACUUAAUGACUGCAUGGGCUUGGGAAAACUUUUAUAAACACAGGGUUAUGAUCAAAUAAAUUAGACAAAAGAUA